AUUUAUUCAAAUUUAUUAUUUAAUUUUAGUUGCCUGGCCAUUAAAGUUAAUUUUAGUAAAGUAAUUUAUAUACUAAAACAUAAUAAUGGCUAAACUGUUGAUUUCUCUGACGGCACUGUUAGCUCUUGUUGUGAUUUAUACAUCGGCUCAAGACAUGAGCAAAAUAUUCACUGAAGAGGUGCGAAAAAACGCCAAAAUGAUUAUGUGUGGAACCUGUAAGGACGAGACUGUAAGAGGUGACAUCAUGAAGUUUGGUCAGUGCGUUCAGACCCUGUAUCCCAAAGAGUUCGCCAAAAUCCUGUCCAUACGAGAGGCACAGAUGUCUAACCCGGACGAGUGUAUCAAACAAAUGAGAACUGAAUUGGAAGGCUAUGCCAGGGCUGACCCGUCCGGUGCCGUCAAAGUCAUGGACUGCUUCCGGGCUAAUGUGGUCCCCGAUCACCUAGCUAAAUGCCAUUAAUAAUCUAGAUAUCACCAAUUAUAUUAUUUUGAAUUCCUUGUUAUUAAUUUUAAUACGCU